GUAGUUCCAUUUGUCCAGAACGAAGAUUCCAAAUAUAAACUGUAAAUCAUUUUAGAUAUUUUAAUAUAUUUAUGGACAUCUUUGUUGUUUUAUUGUGAUGUUUAUUGUAUCAAAACUAAAAGAAGUCAUUGGACGUGGUUCUACUGGUGACAAGCGUCAGGAAGGGUAUAAGUUUUUUACAUAUAUUUAUAUACGGCAUUUUAAUACAGCAACGAAGUGCAAAUAUUUUAUAUUAAAUACUUUCAUUUUCCUUUGUGGCUGUAUAAUUAUUGUCUCAUUUAAAAUUUUCUUUAGAGAAGCGAUGAAAAGCAAUGAAGAAUGUAAAGAGGUAAAACCAAAGGUGGCUUGAGACUUUGAAUUAAAUCAAUUAAAGCAAUUUUUGUGAACAGUUCUGGCAUGCUGGUCGCUGCCAACCAGCCCACGUGUUUAGAAAUCUGGUUUUCAUUUGAUUGCUGACCAAUUGUUAAGUCGUGGUCACUGAUAUGAAAUACUCAGUAUCUAUCUUACCUUUAGUAUGCUUUAUGUAAAUCACACUUAACUGAUUAGAAAUGUACAUAGUCUUGUAUAGACCUGCUAUAUGGACCAUCAUUUAAUAUUCACACCUGGAUGAUAGUUUUGUAAUGCUUAAUGUUAUGCAAAUUAAAGUUCCAUUUCACGUCUAUUACGGAACUCACCGAACUGACACUGUGUUACAGGUAAACUACGUAAAGCGUUCCUCUCUUGAGUUUCUAAAUUGAUUGCAAUUUUCCUUAUUUCUUUUGCAAUUUAAAAAACUCCCUUGCAAAUCCCUUUAGGAAAUUUACAAUGUUGCUAAAAGCCAAUUAAAUUCUCCUCAGUUCCUGUUAGAAGUUCUUAACUUCCUGUUACAAGUUCCUAACUUCCUAUUCUGUUCUGGGCGUUGCAAUUGGCUAACAAAAAUAAUCGACCAAUAACAACGCCCAGAACAGCACAGGAAGUUAGGAAAUUAAAACAGGAAGUUAGGAAAAUUUAAAAUGAAGUUUGUUUGCAUUGGAAUAUUGCAACAGCCGAUAGGAACAUUGCAAAUUCCCUCAAGGGAUUUGCAAAGAGUUUUUUAAAUUUGCAAAGCUAAUGAGGAAAAUUGCAAAUGAGUUACGAAGUCAAAAGAGGAACGCUUCACAUAGUUUACCUGUAAGCAAGCCAUAGCUCAACAUAUAAUUGCUGUCACUCACACAAACAUCUACGACCACACCUACCAACCUCGUUCCCAGGGCUUUUCCUUUUGCACACCUACAUCUUUUUGCAUGUUUACAAUUCUAAUUUUAAACAGCGUAUGACCUUUCCCCUUAUAACUAAAAUUUUGAUCUGGACAAAAAUUUCAUCACAGCUUGAAAGAGCAUCUCAAAAUUAGUAAUGUUCCAAAGUUUUGUUGCAAAAUCUUGUAAAAUGCGGAUAAUAUAGCCUUGCGAAAUUUGCUGUUUUUCAGUCAUUUUGUGUUACAAAUGGGAAAUUGACAUCCGAUUCGGGUGUUGGGGCUUCAAUUUCCCGUUUGUAAUACAAAAUGACUGAAAAUUGCAAACUUUGCAAGGCUCUAUUUUCCUCAUUUUACAACAUUUCACAAUGAAACUUUGGAAUAUUACUAAUUUUGUGAUGCUCUUUCAAGCUGUGAUGAAAUAUUUGUCUAGACUUGCCUAGAUCAAAAUUUUUGUUAUAAUGUAUCGAUUAAUUCGAAAAUUCACCCCCCCCCCCCGGGCCGACCCCGGGAAUUUGAACUUUUUGAAAUUUGACGGAUCAAAUUCUCCACUCCCUUUCCAAAAAAUGUCAUCAAACGCCCCACUGUAACAAGAAAUUAAGCGUUCAAAUGCCCCACCUUCAUAUGAAAAUUAUGAAACAGUAAAUACAAAAAGUACAAAAUAUACGAAAUGUUUUUCGACAAGAUAGCAAAAUUCACGUAAAAAGUUUGGAUACCUUGUGGAAAUUUAAUAGUACAUAUACCUUCAAAUGAAGCACAUAGAUUUUCCAUACCCAUUUCUUUGAGCCAGUUUUUCACAAAAUUGAGGCCGUUUCCCUUGAAAUCUGAGAAAACUGUAUUUGCCGCCAAUGCGAAGUAUUUUCUGUGCAUGCAGGAAGCACGUGAAAACGGGCAAAAUUUUAAGACUUCCGGUUCAAAUUCCCCACCCCGUUAUCAAAUGCCCCACCACAUGAAAGACCUAGAAUGUCAAAUUCGCUACUCCCUGGAGAAGACUUGAAGUCAAAUUCCCGGGGUAUGCCCAGGGGGGGGAUGGUGAAGUUUCGAAUUGAUCGAUACAUAUGGGGAAAGGUCUAUUGACAUUUAAUUGUAAUUGUUACCACGAACUGGAUUGGCUGUUUAAAAUUAGAAUUGUAAACAUGCAAAAAUAUGUAGAUGCGAUUCCACAGUUUGGUGAUUUCUGUAAUAUUUAAUCAUUGUUUAGAAAGAAACGGAGGUAGCACAAUGUUCUGAGUUUGAAGAAAUGGAUACCCAAGGUUUGUUUUUAAAGAUGAGUAAAUAUAAAUAUAAAAUUAUGAUAAAAAUUUUUUAUACACCCUUUCAUAAAACAUAUGCUUCAAAGAGUCUCAUAUGCAGUGUAUUGCAGUCAUAAAACAACUUUCAAUACUUUCUAUAUCCAUAUUAAGUGCAAAAUGUGAUAUUUUUUAUUUCCAGACUUCUCUGAUUCACCAAUCUUAUUCUCUCAGGAGGACAAGGUAUAGUAUGUCAGCUGUUGUGAUAUGGAAAAUACUGAAUAUUGAUACUAAAAAAUGUUACCAAUGUAUUUUACCAAUACAAUUUUUUCCUGACAAUUUUUUGCCAUUAUUUCAGGCUCUGAGCAAGGGUUACCUUUUUGUACUUUGUUGGUGUUUAAUUAAUAUGUGAGAAGAUCUCUCAAACAUUACACACAUUUAAUAUUAAAGACUGAUGAAUAAAGAUCUACACCUUUACUGGAAUUCCAGGGAGAGCAAUCUAUAACUGAUGAACUAUCGAUAUUAUCCAUUUUAAAUAGACCUAGUUUCAUGAGACAAACAGUAAAAUACUGAAAUGACAGCCAUGUGCUGUUUAUCUUAAUGUAAAUACAGUGCAAUACAAUAUAAGAUGGUACAGUAUCUAGAGUAAAAUGUUGACCUCAAUUUCUAGCAAAGGAAAGAUGAGGAUGAAGAAGACGACGACAGUGAUUGUUAUGAGAUUGUGGAUAAAACUAGUAAGCACAGUAGCGUAGCCAACCUGACGAUUUAGUCCCACUAUGCAAAUAUUUUUGUGUUCAUUGACAGCUGUGAAAACAAUUAAUUUUUUAAAAUAAUGUGAAUUUUGUUACUGUAUUUAAUGUGAAUUGGUUUUUGGCAGUGGCAGAGUUAGAAAUUCUCUUCUAAGGUGUUUUUUUUUUGGGGGGGGGAUAAGACUCCUGAAUUACCAACUUUUAAAUUUCUGACAACCCCCCUCCCCCCCUUACACUCAAAAUCAGCCCUCCCCUGAUCCCCACUGAAAUUUCCACCACUGGAUUUAGGAUCAGAACUCUCUUUAUUUUUCACAUUAAACUGUAAUGAUACCAAAAAUGCGUUUUUGUUAUAGGCUUGGAAAAGGAAAAACGUACAAAGUAAGUAAAAUGGAAAUGAUUUGAACAAACAACAUUUUAAACUUAUAACAAAGUUAGAGAUAAAAGCUGUCUAUACGAAUUUAUGCUAAGGAACAUGAAGGACAAAAGUCGCUUGAGUUUGGGAAGAAAAAGACAAGUAUCUGAAGAAUCUGGUCAAGCUUCAAUAAACAACACCAGCAAUAAACAAAGACGAGUCGUCAAUGAAGAUGAAGCUUUAUCCAAAACAGAACAUCCAAAAAUUGAACAUGACAAGGUAUGAAAACGAAGCAAAUGCAAGCAACAACAUUGCUGCAAAUUGCAACACAUGUUUAUUUUAAUGCAUGUUCAGUAUAAACGUCUGCCCAUGUUGUUUCAAUAAAACUUUUGUCCGUUUUUGGAACCAUCUUCAACAAGCUACUCUCCAAGCGUAACAACCCACAGUACGUACCAGAAGAUUGUCUAGUAUUUUGUGUUGAUUUGAAACACCUUAAUCAUUGCUAUUGGCUUUCAUAACGCAUUUUAAUCUGCGUUCUCAUUCGCGUUUUAGUCCUAGUGAACUGUCCUACCGAUGAUGCGAGAUAUCUCAACAAAAUUUCACUUUGUUUUAGGAGCUAUGUUUACCCCGGGUGUACAAAAAGUCAACACGCGAAACUGUAGAAGAAUCAGACAGAAAUAAUUUCUACUAUGCUCCAAGACAUGUAAACCCUGUCUUGUAUACACCAGUAAUUGUUCGCAAGUUCGAGAGUUAUCGACGGAGGUUAUGUCGUGUGCAAUCUGAUUUAAGGUCACUUAUUCGUCCCCUGCAUUCCAAAGCGAUAGAUCCAGUCUCAGGACGGUCACGUGGUCGCGUUGGUGCGCGGGUGAAAAGGAAGAGCGUUGUGCCACAUUACAAAAAAUGGGCGGAACGCAAAAAAGAUAACGAUCCUUUUGUCGCUGCUUUAUGCGAGAUAUUGGCAGCAAUGGAACCAACACGUUCAGGUAAUUGGAUAGUGCAAUAAAGUAAAAUACAUCUUGCGUAACUUGGGUUUAAACAUUAGAGGCUGUGGAGUUUCUUUCCCAACAAAAAGAGUCACCCUGGUUCUUGUCAGAGAAAACAUUUCUAUUAAAUACUAUUCCUCUCCGAGUACUUUUAAUACUAUCAUAAUGGUAGAAUGUCCGAAUCAAAUAGUACAUCUGAAGUAUUCAACCCAUAUUUUUAGCUGCUGAAGUUGUGCAUAUCGUGGAUCCAUUCGACUCAGAAACGCCGACAGCAAGCAAACAACAGACGAAUGGUGUUUGUGCCAAGGUCUCCCCAAGAACAACAUCAAAAACUGCUGAAACAUCAAGAGAUAGGACCACUUCCAGGCCAGCGCAACAUGCUGACGUCAGCACGACCGACGACGAUGCCAUGGAAACUGUGAAUAAUGAUGUUGCUACGGAAGCUAGGAACUGCAAUGUUACCAUGGAAACUGUGGAAAAUGACGUUGACAUGAAAACCGUGAACAAAAACAUUACAAUGGGGACUGUGAAGAGAAAGGUUGUUAUGGAAACUGUGGAAAAUGACGUUGACAUGAAAACCGUGAACGAAAACGUUACAAUGGGAACUGUGAACAGAAAGGUUGUCAAGGAAACUGUGGAAAAUGACGUUGACAUGAAAACCGUGAACGAAAACGUUCCAAUGGGGACUGUGAACAGAAAGGUUGUCAAGGAAACUGUGGAAAAUGAAACUUCUAGCCCAGUUAAACCGGUUCUGGAUGAGAAACGUCGCAAAACCAUCUUGGAAGAAGCAAGUAGUGAUGAUGAUUUACAAAAAUUUAAUUUCCAACGACCCGUGUUUCCGGAGGAACCCAAAGUAGAGGAAGCAGAUUGUGUAGUUGUUGAAGCAGUUACAACGGUUGCUAAGGAACCAUCACGUCAGCAAACACCGGAGUGUAUCGAAUGUCCAAUGUGUUAUAAGGAAUUUCCCAAGGACACGAUUCAUCACCACGCCUUUCUUUGUAAUGGCGUAGAUGAAGCAUCAACAAGUUCUGUCAGGUAAAUGUUGCAUGCUUGUGGGCUCAAUUAGUCGUGUGCUUUUGGCUGCGGAGCAUGCGCUUGCAGGUCGGGAGAGACCCGCAAGCUGUCAGGAAGACCUGUUUUGUAGGCUACUUUUGGCUUAGAUGCAUGUUACAGUAACUUGCGAAUUUAAAAUAAUCUCAAUGCACGAAAUUGUGUCAUUCGCUUUUUUACAGUCACACGCAUAAUCAUCAACAAUGAUUAUGCUCUCUGAUAUAUUUCGCGAAAUUAUCAGCUUUUCUGGCCGCAUAAUUACGAAAAUGAAAGCAUUUACAAUCCCUUAUUCGCUUCCUAAUGUAUUACUUAACAUACAUCUAAACCAAAAGUCGGUUGAGUUCUCACAGUGUGACUGUCUUAAAGCUAUUAGCAAACUUUUCUUUAGGGAAAAACUGUAAGAAGUUUACACAUUAUGUUAAAAUAUAAUUUCACACUUUUAUUCUAAAUUUUAAAAGAUGUUAUUAUCGAUAGAGAGUUUAUUGUGUAGAUUUGCUAUCAUUUCUUUCUACAGGUUUUCUUACAAAUCAUUGCUCACAUCGGCAUAAGCACGACUUUUGUUUAGAUGUAUGUUGAGAUCUUGAACAGGUUACAAUAUUUCACUUCUUUUACGGGCAUGUAAACGUUGCCUAUAUACAGAAAGCUUAAAUUUCCAAAGCAACAUGGCCUUUCGGGUGUGUGGUAAGCGUGUACAGUAUACGUUUCUGUAGUUGAAAACAAAUAAAACUCCUUGACUGCCACUGACUGACGCCAUCACUGUGUAGCUCAGAGUUGUAUGAGUGAAUGACUUGACUCCGACUAAAUGACAUGACUUGACGUGACUUGGAUUUGCAAAAUAAGACCUGUUAACAACUGUGGUCAUUUUUUUCCAGUAGAAUAUGAUAUUGUGUAGCAAAUGUGUCGACUGAGAGAAUGUUGAAACCAGAUUAUGUUGAAAGAGCUGCAUUGUUUAAUAAAGCUUGUUUCUAUUUGGCCAUAACUGUCGUGGCCAAGUCAUUAUCGACGAUGUGAAAUAGUCUGGAUCUCUUUUGUAUGCUGUAUGCAAAUCACUCUUUACACUGAUUGUAGAGAUAUAUCCACACUCUAUUACAUCGAUCACCUUGAUAUGUUCACGACAGUUAGACUAAAUCAGGAAACGAGGCUUCUCAUAAAGCAAUCUGGAAGCAUUCGUCUCACUUGCAGCUGAGAAAAAAUUUCACACAAUUAGAUUCGCUCCCUAUUAAUGAGCCGAGGUGAAGCGGAGACAUUUCACUUAGCCAGGAUUAUAAUAUCAAGGUUCGAACCUUGUUCUUAGAACGGUUGAUGUCCAGGAUUAUAAUAUCAAGGUUCGAACCUUGUUCUUAGAACGGUUGAUGUCCAGGAUUAUAAUAUCAAGGUUCGAACCUUGUUCUUAGAACGGUUGAUGUCCAGGAUGGUCAAAUGUCUCCUGUCAUAAAAACCCGAACUCCAACAAAAGUUAAAGAACUUAAAUUAUUAGCAAAUGUAGAAACGAAAGCAAAAGAAGUUGAAAACAAGGAAGUUAAGAGGACAGGGGAAGCUAAUGUGAAUAAGAAACGAAUUCCCCUGGAGCCUAGGAUUCGGCUCAAACAUGUUGAGACUGCAGGGAUGAAGUGUGGGGAAUCAAUGACAAAAAGAAAGCAAACUGAUAUAAAAGAGAAUGAAAAGAACGAAUCAACACCUCGACAGAGCAUAAACCAAACGUAAGUGUCUUUCAUUUGUUAGGGUGUAGGAGAGGAGGCUGCCUCUUUCUUGCCUUGUUCCGAGAGUCGUGACAAUCUAUUAGAAUAUACGUACUAUACAACGAACGUUUGCUGGCAAAGUGUAGAAAGUUUUGCAUGAAAAAGGUUUUCUACAAAUUUGUUGGAAAAUCACACCUCCGCUGUAUCUCGGUUGUUAUAUUGACGAGUUUCUCCGACUAAAAAUUGCUUAUCCUAAUUCAUGGGCCUUACUAAGGUAGUGAUUCUUUAUAGCGACCCACGAAUAGGUGACAAGAAUCUCCCCCUUCCCUCUCCUAUGUUCCUGAUAAAUUGAGAAUCUAAUUUGUUUUUGUUUGAAACAGGUUGCAUCGAAGGCGUUUAAGUAAUACACGUACGUUUGUUUGUUUUCUCAAUUGAACUUUGUGAACUUCAUUUCUUUUUUCAUAAAAGAAAAGACUAAACGAUAAGACAACAAUAUGAAUAUUUCGUGAAAACUGACGUUUACUUCGUAUAAUGUUGAUUUUUAGGUAAAAAUUUGGAGAAGAGCUCAUGGCCGGAUGUCGCUUGCUUGAAGAAGGAUUUUCUUCCUCUAGAAUUUGUCGAGCAAGAGGUAAGUGAUGGUUUUUAUGAUGGUAUACAUCGAAUCAAGUAAUCAGUGCAUUGAUUUUAGCACACCCUCAUGACUCAUGAGCGAAUAGCUUUUCAUCUUAAGUCAUGAGAGCGAGGCUCCCAGGCCAAUGAAUUGUAUUUGUGACGUAGUUAGAGACCUUAUGAUCGACGUUGACGGCAGACCGCAAACAGUAUUCUGGGUCAACUCGUAUUUUGAGUUGCUGUUCGAAGUCAGGACAAUUUGUGCAUCAAAAUUGAAGCAUGAAUUCUGUUUGCUGGUUGAUCCGGCAUUCAGAUAAAUGAAUUUUACACCAUUACUUUGAUUACGCAGAAUGAAAAGAUCCCUUCAAAAGAUGUUCACAAGGUGCUUUCACUGGUGGAUGCAGAAUCUACAGAAUCAUCAGAUGAGGAAUUCAUUACAAAGAAACCUGUUGCCUCGAAAAGAAAGGUCUGGAGUUGAAAAUAUAACUGUCUGAUUUUGCCUUAGAGUGCUUCCAAUUAUCCUUUCUCACGCUCGAUUUCCCCCCAUUUUAAGGGGUACAGCCUCUCCCACGUUUGAGAGUCUCCACACCACAAAAUACAACUUUUUAGUAUUGUGUUGUAUAAUGAUAAAUUUACAGUUACAACUUUUAGAAGUCGUUUUUCACGUUGUUUGAAUUGUCUAGAAUAUUUUACGAGGGCAGACACUACCCCAAAAAUGACGGAUUUUGGCCUUCCUGAGAAAGGCGAAUUCCACUCUUCCAAACACCAUAUGCCUUUCACUGUGGUGCUCCUUCCUGUGGUAAUUAGGUUCCUUACGAUGUAGGAGGUCAUUAGAUUGGCUCAGUAUACUGAAGUGGAAAUCCUCACAACCAUAAAGCCCCUGCUUUUACUUGCCCACCUUGUAUUAAAUUCAUACAGUGCAAAUUUUCUUUAUAAUACGUUAUUAGAAUGAAUUUGUUUUGGCCGUCGUCGUCGCGUUGCCGUCCUAAACUGAUAAAGCUAUUCAGUAUAAAUAAAGUUUAGUUUAGUUUGGAUUCAGUUAACACAUAUACAUGCAUGUGACUAUGGUCAUAAAAAGCCCAGCGUAAAGCAGGUUUUCCGUAAAAAUAACCGGGAAAAUAAAAGCAGAACUUCGAUGUUUCGAGCGCAGGCCCUUUAUGGAGGCGCAGGCCUUUCUUCCCGGCGCAGGCCAUUCAUCCCGGCGCAGGCCGUUUAUCCCGGCGCAGGCCCUUUAUCGAGACCUCGACCAAAGGCCUUGGCUCGAAACGUAUCUCUCUCAAUUCGCAGUUGUGAUCGUCGCUACCUCCACAGCCACAGACGUAACGUCUGCACACAGGCUACUACCUCCACUGACUGCUCGAUAUUGAAUACUCUAGAGUAUGGAAGCUGAUGACGAAAUGAGUGCAUUGUCUCUGAUGGCCACUGAUUAUAAAGGUCGUAAAAGGAAAAAGGAUAGAAAUGUCAAGAGUAAUCCAAAGAAAGUCAAGGUUUCUUCAGAGGACGAAAUUGGUACAGUACAUUGUUUUAUUUGUGGAAAAGAUAUUCCUCGGUUGCAAUUUACCGAACAUGUUAAUGAAGAGAUUGCAAGACAGGCGAAAGAAGACGAAGAGAAAGGUACGCUUGGGAAGUCUAAUAAUUAUAAGAGGCGCGCCCAAUGGAAUGUAUCGUAAAAAACUGUGUUAAAAAUUGCAGCAAACAUUACCUCGGGUGUUUUAUUUUCCACAGAUUCUAAUUUCUCAAUGAUGUCAUCUAUGUCACAAAAUUCUCAGUCUGAUGGAACAGACGAAAACACAACAUCACAUUCCAGGUAGAAUUAUUUUAUCCAGUUUCAUGUCAAAAAGGAAAUCAGCACUAAAUUGUUGUUUUGAGAUUAACCAAUCAAGUUUAAUUAAGUGCGUAUUAAACCUGGUAGUGGAAGCCGAGUCUGAACCUCAUUGCAUUAAUGCAUUAUUUUACUACAAAUUUUCCUCAGGCUUCCUUUACCAGACCUGGCUGAAGGAACAACUUGGUCAACAAACAACGAAGCAGAUUCAACAUCAAAAACAUUCAAACCAAUACAGGAAGGAUCUGACUAUCAUAAACAAUUUUCAUUUUCUGAUGAUAAAGGUCAGUCAGAUCGAAACAAGGGAAAGGGCAGAGGACGGCGUGGGAGGGGGUCGUCGUGGCGGAGGAAGUAGAAUCCAAAAUAUAAGUUCUGGGUCAGUUGUACGAAGCGGCAUAGCCAUUUUGCAACCGUUGUAAAAUACUUGGAAAGUCAUAAAACUACGAAUAUGAUCUCACAAUUAAUAGAAAGAAACUUUAAAUUUGAUAUACUAAAGUUUAAAUUGGGCUACGCUAGUCAACGGCCAAUUUAAGAAAGCUUGAAAGAAUCACCAUCCAGUGGACAUAGCGCUAUCCAUCUUUCGUACAACCGACCCCUGUAGAUCUACUGCAGAUAGUUCAUCUGUUUAUACAAUAUUGAAGAUAUGACCACGGCCAAGGCAAGGAUUUGAUCAAUACUGAAAAUAUGAUCACCGCCAAGACAAACAUUUGAUCAAUACUUAAGAUAUGAUCGCCGCCAAGACAAACAUUUGAUCAAUACUGAAGAUAUGAUCACGGCCAAGGCAGGCAUUUGAUCAAUACUUCUAUUCAACAAUUGUUCAAUCAGCAUUUCUCACGCCAUGCAACCAGGCCUUAUCAGCCAGUUAUGGGUGGCAAACUUCACGGGGAAAAUAGACGAUCUUUUCUCAAACUGAAAAGAAAUAUAAUAAUUGCCAAAAAAUACAAGGUGAAGGGCAUUUCUAGUAUAAAGUAAUCUUUGACAAUUGUCUCAUGGGUUUCUUAAUUUUAAAAAUAUUUUCACUAAGAUAGUAAGAUUAUAUUGCUAGUCUAUAUGGGCGACCAGCAUUAAAGCAUUGACUCAAACGACAGGCCAACUUAAGAGAAACAUUUAUAAUCUUAUGUUAAUAGGUCAACAUUUUUAGAGUAUGCAUUGUGUUGCUAUACAUUUCAAAUGUAUCCACUGUAAACUUCGUUUUGUUAAAUACUGAAAUAAACCAGUGGUGUAUAUAACUUUCUACUAAGGGUUCAAAAAUGUCAAUUACACACUCGUACAAUAAAACGUUGACAUGAAUGAUUAUUUCCUAAUAUUAUAUAAGCCGCUAAUACGGGGCUUUUUCGUGAUUAAGAUCGCUUUGCAAAUUGUGGUUUAUAGUACCAGUUAAACUUCGUAUAAAGCUUCAAUUUUACUAAAGGGUGAGGUUUUCAGCUUUUGUAUUAUAGUACUGUAUGUAAAAAAUGUAG